AUGUCUUCGACUUCCACCACCACCGUGGCGCCCUGGAAAGCGAAUAUUGGCGUCUACACUAACCCGGCACACGAUCUGUGGCCUGGCGAGGUCACCGUGGCUAUUAAGAGCACUGGCAUCUGCGGCUCCGAUGUGCACUUCUGGCACGCUGGCCGCAUCGGGCCCAUGGUCGUAGAAGACGCACAUAUCCUAGGCCACGAGUCUGCCGGCAUCAUAGUCGCCAAGCACUCUUCGGUCACAACGCACGAGAUUGGCGAGCGCGUGGCUGUUGAGCCGAAUAUAAUCUGCGGCGAGUGCGAGCCCUGCUUGACGGGCCGAUACAAUGGCUGCAUGAAAAUCGAGUUCCAGUCGACGCCGCCAAUUCCGGGCUUACUCAGGAGAUAUGUCAACCACCCGGCGGUGUGGUGUCACAAGAUCGGGGACAUGAGCUACGAGGAUGGCGCGCUGCUGGAGCCGCUAAGUGUGGCUUUGGCGGGAGUGCAAAGGGCGAAUGUCACACUGGGCGGCUGGCGCAGAACCGAUGUUAUCACGGAUAUUGAUGAGGGCCGGCUGAAGUUCGCCGAGGACUUUUGCCCGAGCGUAAGGACACACAAGGUCGACUUCAGCCACACACCAGAACAGUUCGCAGAGGCUGUAGUGAAGCUGGCGGACGGCGUAGAGCCGGCGUUGGCUGUGGAGUGUACGGGCGUUGAGUCUUCGAUCUCUGGAGCAAUACAUGCGGCGAAGUUUGGCAGCAAGGUCUUCGUGACUGGCGUUGGCAAGCCGGAGAUAAAGAUCCCAUUCAUGCGGUUAAGCACAAGGGAGGUCGACCUACAAUUCCAGUACCGAUACGCAAAUACCUGGCCAAGGGCGAUACGGUUACUUAAGGGUGGCGUCUUGGACCUGACGAAGCUUGUGACUCACCGAUACGAGCUGGAAGACGCCGUGAAUGCGUUCAGGGUUGCGGCAGAUCCUAAGCAGGGUGGGAUCAAGGUCAUGAUAACGAGCAUGGAGGAGGGCGAUAAAUAG